AGUGCGCAUUUUGUUUCUCAUUGAGAACAGUUCCUCGGAAAGUUUUCUUCGUUUUCAGAGUGAAAAUUGAAAAUCAUUUCCUGGUCGUUAAGUUCGAUUUUUUCGGUUAAUUUUUAUACUCAAGGCAGCUCUUACCGAAUUCAAUUUCGGUAAUAAAUAAAAAAACAUUCGAAAUAGAAUAUUCCAUACCAUUUCAUAAUCAAAAUCAAUUCAAAGUAAUUGUAAGACAAUGAAAUAUAUCAUUCCAAUUAUUCAUAACGGAAAUUUUUGACGCAAAUUCAUUCAUUAUAAGCGAUUGUGAUCGAUUUUGAAACAGAAAUUGUGCAAUUUUGAGCUAAUUGUACUUCCGAAAAUAUUUUUUUUUGGAAUGGAAGAACACCGUAUGAUAAGCACAACCGGUUCGGCUACAAGUAGAAAUGUUAUCAGUGUUUGAACGCAAUGAAUUGUGCACUUUACUACUAUUGUAAAUCAAUUCAAAGCUUAUGUGAAACCUCCAUUUGUAUUGAGUGCAUUCUAAUAUUGUAUUGUACUGAAUAAAAUUUGUCGACAUUAAAUUACGUCGAGGAAAAGAAAAAGAACAGUCAACGUUUCUUAAUUUGCUUUCAUUGCAUUAGAAAUAAUAUACACGGUACACAUAGCAAUGGUAACGGCCAAGUAAACAUAAAGUAUCGUUAAAUACGUGUACUUUGGAUGGUUUGUAUUUGUUGUGGAAUCGAAAAGUAAACAUGGAUUACCGAUAUCAAAAUAAAAUUAUUUAUAAGCAACAACAAAUAUCGAUGAGCAAAUUGACUUAAACUGGAAUGUUCAUGGCUAAUAUUUGUGUUUAAAACUGCUAACAAUCGAUUGAAUUCGGUAUGUGUGAGGUGUACAUAUGAUGGAACGUACCCCAUUUCUUGGGUCUAACGAUACUUGAGCUCUUGGCAUCAUAUCAAUCCACAGUCAAAUGUCACAACCAAACAAUCUUACACAUAAGGAAUGCUGAGCCGUCAGUGUGUUUGUCGCAAAAGUUGUACACAUUGUAGUUUUGGUUUAAUGUGUAAUUGUGUUCACAACAGUAUGGCGGUAGUGCAUCUAUAAACAAUGUCAAUAUUGAUAUAAACAAAGUGUCCGCGAGACAACAAAGGUUUUCCACCACCAAUCAUCGAAAUGUGUUUGUAAAUUUAUGUUUCUGUCUUCCGGGGAAAUUUUUUUUUCAUACAAAAUUAAAAUUACACUAAAUUGGCUGCAAGUUUUCAUUGGAAUUAUUAGACGGGGAAAAUUUUCAAAAAUAAAUCGUAUUGUAUUUACAAUGUGCGAAUGUUAAGAGGAAAACGACUGACGACAAUUGAUAAAGAGAGCAAAACAUCAAAAGCCGUUUGUUUGGUGGCAGCAACAACAAACGAAAAUGUGAGAGAAUCAUUUUGCCAGCAAUUUGAUUCGAUGCGUUAAAGUUAUACGAUUUUGGAAGAGUGGCAAUGUAAAAUUAAGUGGGCUUGACAAGCGGAUGUAAAAAAAUAUAUGAGUUAAAUGCCAGGAAAAUGUUAUUAUUUAAGAUAAGCCCAAUUUAUCAUGAUGGUUCGGUGUUCUGUUACUUAGCCUAUUUACUGAUAACCAUAAGUUGGGGAAUUCAAUUUGUGGCCACGAACGAUGAAGUGUCGAGCUAUGGCUCAGGGCCGACAGGUAGCCAGUCAACGUCUUAUCGGUCGGCACCAUCGAAAUCUACAUCGUAUGACGCACUAUCGUCAGCUUCAUCACAAAUCGGUACAAAUCCAAUUAUUCAAAGGUAUGCCAUAUCGGAUUUGACACGCGAUCUCAAUUUACAAUUGAAAUCGAUUGAAGACCAUGAACUGCUCAUUCCGGCCAUUCAAAGUGAGUUUGAUUCACUCGAACGUGUGCCAUCGUCGUCGAUUGAUCACAACGAUACGAAAAUUCUCAACUCAGUUGCCACCAAAAUUGAGGCGAAAUUCGCCGCAGCUUUACGUAUUUUAAACGAAACCAAUCAGAAAUUUUUAAAUAUUUUUACGGAGAAUAUUGAUCGACCACGCAAAUUGCUACUGGAUCCAAUCAUUUUACCAUGUUCGUCGACACCAAAACACGCCGAACGCAGCGCAUAUGAUCUGAGCGGUGAUUCAAAUCAAAGCGAGUUCAUUGGCGGUAUCAAUAAGAAAAAGGCGAUUGAAGUGUUGAACUUCCUGAAAAAUGCCGGCCAUUUGAACGAGAAUGAUGACAAAAAUUUCACAAUCAACAAAAGACUGAUGGAAACACUGAAGAAUAUUGACUUGUCCGCAACACAUUUGCCACAAUUUCGUGAUGUAUUUUUUUUACCUAGAGAUAACCAAAUAAGCAGCACCAAUUGUCGCAAUACCGUUCCGAAUGAACAUCACAGGUUUUUGUAUGCUUCAUCCGUGGAUUCAAAAAAGAUCGUUUUGAUUGUUGACGUUGGAACCAUGACCACCAAUUCAGAUUCACUUGACGUGACCAAAUCAUUUGCUCAAAUUAUUUUGAAUCUUCUUAAUGAGAAUGAUCAACUAUUUGUGAUGGCAAUCUCCAACAGUGUUCACAUAAUGGACAGCUCAAAAACGUUCUAUGCAAUGAAUUCGAAUAACAAAAGUCAAUUGAGAAAAUUCAUAGAGUCAUUGGAGAAGGACACCAGCAUAACCAAUCAUUCGUUGGCUUUUGAAUAUGCGUUCGAAUGGAUAAAAUCACAAUCGGAUUUGGGCGCUUUGCCAGUUGAUACGAAAUCAACCCCACUCCAGAUUGUGUAUCUUUCGUAUCUUAGCCGAGGUUGGAUAGCACAACUGCCGGAAACUAAAUCCGUGCUAGAAGUUAUAGCAGCAAAGCAAAAGAGGUUAAAGCAACCCGUUGUUAUUAAUACAUGUGCAAUAAUUUUGGACGAAAAACGAAGUAUACACGGAAAGGAGUUUUUGGGUGAUAUUGCCGCCCAGAACUACUCCAAAUAUGCCAUUGAUGUGGACAACAGUACGACAAAAUCGUGGUACAAUCAGCUUGUUGCCUACAAUCAAAACGGAAAAAUGUAUAUCGUCAAUUAUCGAAACAUAAACGAUAUGUUUGCCACUGCCGCAGCAGCCGUAGCUGAUAUUUGGUUCAAACAACCAUUUCUCAAGUCACAAAUUAUCGUUCAUCAGCCGUUUUAUGAUCAAAGUGUAAAAGAUCAAGUAAUUUAUAUAACAAAAACCUGCCAACACUAUGGGAUCGUUGGUAUUUCAAUUUAUCUGUCGGAUUUGGCGGAAGAUUUAAUUUAUCACUUUAAUCAGUAUUCAAAUGGUGAUGAGACUUAUGCAUUUCUCUGUGAUAAAAAUGGUGUGACAGUUUGGCAUCCGUCAUUUCCACGACCAAACAUCGCGAGCUAUGAUCCCACUUACCCGACCGAUAUCAAAUAUUUCGAAAAGGCACCCGAAAAUAUUCGCCAACGAUGGUUGACUGAAGAAACGGGCAUCGUGCAAAUUUCCAAGGCAAACUUAUGGAAUCGCAAGAAAUCGAAAGUGUAUCGUUGGCGUCGUUUAUCCGAUUGGUACAUUGUAUGCUUGGUGCAUAUAUUACCACAAACGGAAUCGCCUCCGCUGCCGCAAUCGUCUCCAGUAGAAGAAAAGCCCAUAUUGGUUGCAUCAAGUAUCCAUGCGUACAAGACUCCGGUAUCUCCAGUUAUGUUGGCAUCAACGAAUCGUGUUGCAAAGCCGGAAAUGCUCAGUAACAUUUCGGUUGAAACAUACACCGAACCCGAAAAUCCGCUCCUUUUCCAUCGUUUGGAUUUAGCAAUUUCGACAAAAUUGAGCAAUCCACAAGGAUUGGCUCCGAAAUUGUGCCAAUAUUUUAAGCAAAUUUCAGUAUUAAACACAGCAACAUUGUACUUAAGCCCGCGAUCAUUCAAAUCGCCCUUCCAGCAUCUGUCAACCAUGUGUGAAUAUGAAAAUGAUUCGAAUGAAGACAAACAGUAUCGUGAACAGUGUUACCAUCGCAUUGAAAAUAUAAUGGCAUACAUCAAAGACACGACGAAUUUGCUCACGAACCCCGGUUUGCAGCCACAUGUGCGUAGCGAUGUUCUGACGUUGUCCCAUUCAAUUGAGCUGCUUCGUAUUCAACAUCAAUUCCGAAGCAAAAUCGAAAAGUACGUAAUCAGAAGGUACAUUACAUCGAUGAAUGGAAUAAUGCUGAUGUAUCCAGGAUUUGCAUUGCCAAACGACUUUGAUCCAAGUCGACGUACCUGGUUCCAGAGAGCCAUUAAAAAUGCGGGCAAAUUAAUCAUAACACCUCCAUAUUUGGAUAUUGGAGGAGGUGGUUUCAUCAUUACCAUAUCGUAUUUAAUUUUUGAAAAUGUUCGAUUACCAGAAGGUGGAGGAGGAGGGACAGGCUCGGGAAAUCGUCAUCAACGCAAUGCAGCCGCCAUUGUAUCGAUAGAUGUGACAUUGGGCUUCCUUUACCAAGUCUUGCUGCAAUCAAGUGACUUUUGCCGCAGCGAUGAAAAUAUCAAAUGCUUUCUCAUCGAUGAAUAUGGUUAUUUAGUGGUUUAUCCCAAUAAUUUCGAUUCCAAAAUGCAAUUGUCCACAUUUGAUAUGCAAUUCAAUUUGAAUGAACAUAUUACACACUGUGAAUCGCUGAUUGCCAACGACAUUUUACUGCAUAAAUCAUUGGUGCAGAAACGAAUGUGCCAAAAUUUGUUGAAUCGAAAAAUUGAACGGUACUACAAGUUCAAUACGUCCGUUGCUGGUGCUUUGACGAACGUUGUCAACGGUGAGCGAACCAAGUAUCAAAUUGAAGCCGUUCCGAAUACCAAUUUAUUUGUGAUUAUGAAAAAUUCGACGGAGGGCGGAGGAGGUGCUGCAUUUUGUCCAUGCAGUACAGUUGACAAGCUUUGCUUUAACUGCAAACGAAUCGAGCUUAUGAAUUGUGAAUGUCCGUGCGAAUGUCCCAUAGACAGUCUCAGUAUCGGUUCCAUUGUGACCGAAUAUAUGUACGCUGAUUUACUUGAAGACGACAAAAAUACAUUCGACAAGAAAAUCAAUCUCUUCGACAGCAUUGAAAUAUGCACACGACCCGUCGAAGAGUUCAUUCCGAAUAAGAAAGCAUCAAGAUCUGAUAAGCUCAAUUUAUUGGGCCAAUGUGUGAAUUUCACGUGCGAAAUGUAUUCGAGUCAACUGGAUUGUUUGGGUAUUUUGGGCUGUGUGUGGUGCGAGAUUGAUAUCGAUCAAACAAUUUUACUAUCACCAUUUUGUACCCAUCAAUCGAGUUGCUUUGGUGGAAUUCUCGGAUCGAAUACACCGUAUGGCGAUGGUGACCUUGGUGUUAUUAUCGAUUCGAUUUUACCAUCAGGCUAUGCAGCCAUCGGUCCAAUCGCAAUUGGUGCUGUUGUUGUUCUAUUUUUAGUCAUCGGCUUCGCAAUGUACUGCUAUCGGAAUAAUUUAGAGCCGGGCUCUGAGCAUUUGUAUGUGGAAUCAAUGGUGGUGGAGCAUAAUUUCGGAUUACCAUUAUCACGGCUAGACUACGAUACAAUUUUGCCACACAAUGGACUGGGCAAUGAUGUAGUUGAUAAGCGAAAUAAUAUGGGCACCGUUUCAUCUGAUUCACCAUAUCGAAGUGCUGGAUACUUUCGGCGACUUCCAAAUGGUGAAUCAGACCAUGGCUAUUCAACAAUGACACCGCAUGACGAUUCCGAUCAUGCCUGCUUCACAUUGGUCGAACCAUUGAUCAAUAAUAAAUGCAGCAAUCAAUCCAUAUCCGAUUCGGCAUCAUUCAAUACCGAACCAACCAGUUCGUGCAUCAACUAUGUGCACAGCGGGGGCGGUAAAUCCGAUGGACUUUCAUCGCCGGUAAAAAAUCAUUAUGAUACCAAUGCCGAACUAUCACCACAUCACAUUCAAGCACCAGUUACCGUUCAUCAUCCUAUGGAAGCUAUACUGUAAUCAUUCAUAUCUCUUACGUGCCGAACAAAAACCAUUUUCUCCGCAUCAAGAAACAGAAAAAAACAAACAAACAGAUAUUGAUGAAGCAACAAACAAAGUAAUAAAUUUUCUAUCGAUUUACAAUUCUAUUUGCCAAGAAAUUUAGUUGAUAAGAAUAUCAAAAUGUCGAAUAAUGUGUAAUAUAUAUAUUUUGUAAUUUUAUAAAAUGCUAACAUAAAAAAAUUGAAACGGAAAACA